GAGCCACUCCUUUUUCUUGCGCUCCGGACCCAUCGUCAAUGUUGUGACCCCUUUAAAAAAAUCUGAGCUUACUUGGCAGUGUUUGGGAUGGACAACCAACCCACGUCAUUCUAUUUGGUUUGUGGGUUGAUUUCCACCAGCCAUGUGGCGUAGGUGAUGCUGAUCUGGACGAUCCUUUUCGAAAUUUCACAUUUUCGCGCUCGAAAAUAUCCUUCUCAACGGCUUUCUACGCACCCACCGAGGCCCAAGUUGGGCGUCGGAACCCCAACCGACUCCCCUCGCAGCCUGCUUUCGCCUCCCACUUGCGCCGUGCCUCGCUCCCACCCAAAUCCCUGCCUCGCCCUCUCGCGCAACAUUUCGCACCUCGAUUUCUCGUUUUCACUCCUAGCUCUCGCUCCGUGCCCUUCAGCUCGUCUAGGCUACUUUUCAGCGCACAUCUCCAGUCCGACUUCAAUUGCUGCGGCACCUCGCGUAUUCAGAAGCGCACACCACUCGCCAUCGCCGAAGGCAUCACAGCAUCGGUUCAAUUCAACGCAGCAUCGUCUGGCGUGCGUGGUGACGACAUGGCGUGAUUUUUCGCCGUUCGACGACCGAUUCGCGACUAACAGCCCGCAUGCAUUAAUCGAAGCAGGAGCAGCCAUUCAAACCAAGCCAAGCAGUGAGCAGCGAGCCAAGAAAGCCCAAGGGCCGUUUCGUCUAAGGCGGCACCGUUGGGCGACCAACCAUCCGGCCCGCCCUCGUCCGAUCACCGCGACGAUCCGCCCCGCCGUCCAAUCUGCCGUCCAAUCCGCCGUCCAAUCCGCCGUCCAAUCCGCCAUCCAAUCUGCCGUCCAAUCCGCCGUCCAAUUCGCCACCAAUUCGCCGCCAAUUCGUCACCCAAUUCGCCAUCCAAUUCGCCAACCAAUCCGCCGUCCAAUCCGUCGUCCAAUUCGCCAUCCGAUUCGCAUUCAAUCCGCCAUCCAUAGCCACUCGAUUCGCCAUCCAAUCCGCCACACCCCAUUUCGCCGUACCCUGAGGGAACUUCACCGAAAGCAGCCACUGGAGCAAGCAGCCUACCGCGGCCUUGCCAGCAUGCGGCGGUGCUGCCAGCACCCCUCUGCACCGCACGGAGCAGCGUCCGCCAUCCACGCCACGCGCUCAGAUGAGUAUUCAAAACCCUGCUCGCCCCGCUCGACCCUCCCCCCCAUGCACACACCAUGCACCAUGCACCAUGCACCAUGCACCAUGCACCAUGCACCAUGCACCAUGCACCAUGCACCAUGCAUCGCCAUUCCCGGCCAAAGGCGCACCUGCAGAGCUCCCUGUCUCUCCCCCCAGGUCCGGGUUAGCGUCUUCCAUGUAGCUUUGGUAGCUCUGUCAGCUCUGUCAGCCCAUGUCCUGUGCACGCGUCUGCUGCUAGCCGUCCUGCCUGCUUGCGCUGCCUGCUCGCGUCCGUCUGAGCUCUGCAGGGUGAUCGCCGUGGCUGGUGGCAUUCAUGUGCGCACCUCACCCUCAUCGCUCGCAUUGUCAAUUUGACUCUCACUUCUCGAUUUCGCCAUUUCACUCUCUCUGCCGACUCCCCUCGGUUGCUUGCUGCCCUUCAACUCAUUCCCCCCCGCCCUCCCCGCCUCCCGCCUCCUCGCCCCUGCCCUCCCAGGCGUGCUCUUUCUGAGUGGAGGGCAGCGAGCGAGCACCAGAGGCGGGCAGCAAGAUGGUCAGCCACAACCACUCACGAAGGGUCGAGGUUGCAGUAUCACCCCGCCACCACACGCCACAAGAGCCUUCCCCCCAGGUUCAGGUGCAGGUGCAGGUGCAGGUAUUUUCUUUCUUUGGUACUGGCUCGCGUGGUGCUGUUGGCGGCGUCACAUGCACCAUCCUCACAUCGCGCUUGCUCACUUGCUGUACUCGUCUUGCUUUGCUUGUAUCGCUUUGCAAGGGUCGCUCCCUGCUGUCAUGCACUCACUCCCCCCCCCCACCUUCCCCCCUCCCCCUCCUUUUUCCCAUCCCCCAGCUUGACUGGCAGGCGCUCUUCCCCAAGGCUCUGCUCGCGCUGCUCUCAAGGGAGCGCCAAGGCGGGCAGCAAGAAGACGGGCAGCAAGAGGGCGGGCAGCAAGAGGACGGGCAACAAGAGGACGGGCAGUAAGGCAGCAACGCCGCGGAUCAUGAAGGGUCGAGGUUGCAAGUAUCACCCCGCCACCACACGCCACAAGAGCCUUCCCCCCAGGUUCAGGUUCAGGUGCAGGUGCAGGUAUUUUCGUUCUUUGGUACUGGCUCGCGUGGUGCUGUGGGCGGCGUCACACGCACCAUCCUCACAUCGCGCUUGCUCACUUGCUGCACUUGUCAAGACUCGCUCCCCGCUGCCAGGCACUCACUCCCUCCCCUCCCCCCCUCUCCCUCCCCCAUCCCCCUCCCCCUCCCUGACUGGCAGGCGCGUCGCCACCCCCAAGACCCAAGGCGGCAGCACCGCCUGCAGCAGCAGCUCUUGCAAGGUGGCAGGGACGGAGAGAAGCGGCGGGCAGCGGCGUUGGUCGGCAGCUGCCCUCUCCAUCCACGCACAGCUAAGUACCCACCUCCCUCCCUCCUCGCCCUGCAUCCACCCCGCGUUCCGUUCCGACUCACUCCCCCACGCGUCGCCUCCACCGCCCCCAUCCCCGCCCUCAUCCCCAGCGGCACUGCGGCACACCCAAGCGCCCCCUCCCCUAGUAGCAGGUUCAGCCUCCUGUGUAGAAGGUAUAGACGGUAUGGGGCGAUGGGCGUGCCACGUGCUGCAAGGGGGCAAGGCGCCCGCUUUCAUCCAUGCAUCCACCCUCUCGCAUGCACGAAUAUUUUCUCCACUCCGCCAUUCCCCAGCUGUAUUCUCUCCCUCACUCACUCCCUCCCUCAGUCGCUGUCUCUGCCCCUCCUUGCUCCCAGCAGCCGAGAGGCGGAGGCUGCGUCUAUCAGGCGAGGAGGAGGAGGAGGGCAGCAGCAGUGCUUCACGUGGCACGCCCACGCCCAUGGCACAACGCCCUUCUACUUCCCGGCUAAGUAUUCACUCCUCGUUACACCUUGCCUUCAUUUCUGCUAACUGUCUUCAUUCUGCUUUAUUUAUUUUUCAAUUUCCUUCUCUACUCAAAUCUCGCCACUGGUUGGGCCCGGCUCACAAGCCACAGACCCUCUUACUCCAGGUUAUCCCCUCAGGUUCAGCCCCCCUAAGCCUACAGCCCCUCAGGUUCCCUUGGGGGUCUGUGGCUUGUGGCUGUGGCGCUUCCAAUGGCGCCUCCCCUCUCUCGCCUUGCCAUCUUGUUUUCCGUUUCUCUUGCUCUCCCCUCGUGAUGCACUGACCAGCUCUGCCUCUGUGCAUUGCAGGUGGAGGGGAGAGGCGUGGCGGUCAACACCGACACUCCCCCACCCACGCCCCUCCCCUGUGGCCGUGCAGGCAUGCAGCACACGGGGAGGCAUGGAGCAAGGGGCUUCAAGGGAGGCCACUGGGGUGGGCGUGGCGUCUCCAGGCAGGCGUGGAGGAGGUCUUCAGAUGUCCAGCUAAGUACUUUCUCCUCCCUGGACCUUGUCUUUCGUGCUGCUUGCUCAGGGUUCUGCUUGUUCGCAUGUGCUUUUAUGCUUUCUUUCUCCCUCCAAAUCUCGCCACUGGUUGGGCCCGGCUCACAAGCUGCAGACCCCCUUUACUCCAGGUAAACCCCUCAGGUUCAGCCCCCCUAAGCCUACAGCCCCCUCAGGUUCCCUUGGGGAUCUGUGGCUUGUGGCUGUGGCUCCUCCAGUGGCGCCUCCCUCUCUCGCCUUGCAGUUUUCUUCUUGUAGUCUCGGUUGUACAUCCACCCUUGACCCCCCUCGCUGCCCACUGACCAGCGCUGCUUGUGCAUGCACACGGGGAGGCAUGGAGCAACGGCUCGAAGGGAGACCAUUGGGGUGGGCGUGGCGUCUCAACCAAGGCGUGGAGGCAGUCCGCCAUGAGGGCUUCAGCUUUCCAGCUAAGUACUCGCCCCCGCGCUUGGACAGCUUAUUGUGCUGCUUGCUCAUGCUUCUGCUUGAUUUGUUCGCAUGUGCUUUAAUGCUUUCUCCCUUCAAAUCUCGCCACUGGUGGUGGGGCCCGGCUCACAAGUCACAGACCCCCCUUACUCCAGGUAAACCCCUCAGGUUCAGCCCCCCUAAGCCUACAACCCCCUCAGGUUCGCUUGGGGGUCUGUGGCUUGUGGCUGUGCGCCCUCCAGUGGCGCCUCCCCUCUUGCCUUGCAGUCUUGUUUUUCCAGUCUCACUUGUACGUCCACCUUUGAUCCCCUCGCUGCCCACUGAUUAGCUGUGCUCGUGCCCAUUGCAGGUGGAGGGGAGGGGCGUGGGGUCACCACCGACGCUCCCCCACGCCCCUCACCUGUGACCGUGCAGGCAUGCAUACGGGGAGGGGAGGCAGCCGUGUGGAUGGGAGGAGGGCAGCACUGCAGCAGAUGGGAUCGGUGCUGCGAGGGAGAGUAUGGGCACGGGGCUUGGCCUCUCAAGGUGCGUUACUUGCCUUUCUUGUUUCUCUCACCUUCAGUCCGUCUCCCUUCAGUCGUCUCUGAUUCUCUCGCCAGUCCCACACCUCUCGACUCACCAAUGCCCCCUGCCCCUCCACCCUGUCUCCCCCACCCCCACCCUGCCCCCCACCAGGCCACGUAGCAUCCAGUGAAGACUGCAGCAGAGCAGCUGAGCAGCAGACCGCCAGCAGCAGUGGCAGCAGCAGAAGCGGCGACCACAGCAGCAGCAGUGGCAGCAGUGGGGCUGGGGGGCUAGAGGGCAGGCUAGGCUAGGUCUAGGUGUGAGCGAGGUAUGGUAAAGGUGAGGUAUGGUAAAGGUGAGGUGUGGUACCAGGUGAGGUGAUCUGACUGACCCCCUCCUCUCUCUUUCAUCCCCCCCCCCACCCCGCUGCAGCCUGAGGAUGGGAGCACUGGAGCACUGGAGCAAGGGCUGGAGGGUGGAGCCCACCCUCUCACUCACCUCCCCCCCUCUCUCUCUUCCCUUCCCUCCCAGCAGCACCACGCCUUGAGCACAGUGGAUUACCCCCCUCGUCUAAUCCCCCCCCCCCACUUCCCAGCAGCAUCUGGCAUCAUGGUGCUCUGCAUGGCUGGGGUAGGUAGAGGUAAGCACGUAUGG